UGCCCUGACAGUUAUACCAAUAUUUGCAGUGAUAUGUUCAAGGCGCCAAUCCUUUGUACAGCAGAACAGGGCUGAGGACCAGGUCAUAUCCCUGCUUCAACCCAGCCCUAGUGUCAAACCUAAACCAAAGCUCAACAAUUGGUUCAAGCUCUUUUACUGACAUGGCUGAUGUGUUGUGACCAAAGAUGGUAACGCAAAAAUUAUCUCAAAGCACUAGAAAGCUACCAGCAUAAGGCAGCUGCCCUUGGGCUAAGGGUUUCUUGGGCAAAAACAAAAAUGCAGAAUGUUGGUGCAAAAGUUGUGAUUGAAAGCAUCUGUGCUCCUAGAAAAACAGUGGCAAUAGUAGAUGGACUUCAUCUAUCGGACGUGAACUAUCAUCAAAUGAGCACAGCUACCUUAAGGAGACUUGGUUUAACAGCCUCAGCCAGGAAGAACCUGCAUUGGGUCUGGCACCAAAAGAAGGUGAAAUGAUAUACAAAAGCAUGGAUUUAUCAAUCCUGUGUACUUCCGACCCUCUUACAUGGAUCUGAAACAUGGACGUUGCUUAAACAAUAUAGCAGGAGGUAUUUCAUAUGCAUUGCCAGCAGUGACUACUGGGUAUAAGGUGGUUUGACUUUCUUUAUCAGUAAUAGGGAUGUAGCAUUGAGCACUGGCCUCGAGAGGCUUGAAGUCCUGCUUAGCCACCACCAGCUGGCCCUUUUUGGUCAGUUGCCCGCCUUGGACCAAGGGGAGAAAUGUGCAGCGUUUGUGGUCCCAGCAAGCCCGAUGGGGGGGGUUCCUCUCCCCGGGGGCUCAGGCACUGACCCUGGGCUCAGGACACACUUCUGCUCCGGGGGGCCCAGGCCCAGCCUCCCGGCUGCACAGCCUCUCUCCGCGCUAGCCCACCCCCCCGAGCUGCCGGAGACGGCUCAGUCUUGCUUCAGCUUCCCCGCCACUCACUCGGGGAGUCUCCUCGUUCCACCUCUCCCCGCCCCCCGCGUGCCCCCUGGCAGCUCCCCGCCUCUCUCGCGCGUGGAGCCGCCGCCGCCGCCGCGUUCGCCGGAGUCCGCUUCUCGCCCGUGGAGCCGCUCCGGGACUGCGGCGGAUCCAGGCCGGGUCUCCGCUCUCGCUGGCCCCCGCCAGCCGCUGUCCCCAACCCUCGGUGCCGCCGGCCGGGGCUGGGCGCGGCCGGGGCCCGGGCCCCUCGCUCUGGGGCCGGGGAGGACAAUGCACCGAGCUGUCUCCAACCAGCGCUCGGGUUCCUCCUCCUCCUCCUCCUCCGGCUCCUUCCAGCCGCCGCCGCCCCCUGCUCACCCCGCCGCCGACCUGCAGCCCCUCUUCCUGGGCGGCCGCAGCCGGCGCGUGUCGGGCUCCAGCUCGGGCUCGGCCCGGGCCCGCAGCAGCAGCAGCAGCGGCGGCGAGGAGGAGGAGGAGAGCAUCAGCAAACCCCUGGUGCCGGCCCCGGCCGCGCCGGCCCCCGCCGCCUCCUCCCCGGCCUCCAGCAGCAGCAGCUCGGGCUGCAGCAUGACGGCGGGGGAGCUGUACGGGGGCGCGGGCCCGGCCGGGGGGGCGGCGGCGGCCACCGCCGGAGGGCUGCUGUGGCCGGGCGGGGGCUCCGGCGGGUCGCGCUGGGGCUACAAGGCGCUGUCCCUGGUGCUGCUGCUGGGGCAGGGCGCGCUGCUGGACCUUUACCUGAUCGCCGUCACCGACCUCUACUGGUGCAGCUGGAUCGCCACCGACCUGGUGCUGGCCGCCGGCUGGGGCAUCUUCUUCUGCCGCAACAGCCGGGCCCGGCGCCGGGAGCGCCCCCCGCCGGGUCACCCUCCGCCCCCGCCGCUGCACCCGCUGCUGCUGCACCCCCCGCACGGCGGCCGGGGCGCGGGCCGGGCUGGGGGCCCCCUGCGGGGCGGGGACUUCGCCUACGCGCACCUGGCCUGGCUGAUCUACUCCAUCGCCUUCACCCCCAAGGCGGCGCUGAUCCUGGGCACCUCCAUCCUGGAGCUGAUCGAGCUGCGCCUGCCGCUGGGCAUCACCGGCUUCCGCGUCACCCUGGCGCUCUCCGCCCCGCUGCUCUACUGCCUGCUGCGGGCCAUCGGCCCCGACGGCGCCGGCCAGCUGCUGCUGCCGGCCCAGCCCCCACCCCAGCACCGCGCCGCCGCCGCCUUCCUGGCCACCUGCCUCGACCUGCUGGACAGCUUCACCCUGCUGGAGCUGGUGCUGCAGCCCGGCCACCCGGCCCCGCUGCCCGGCCCGCUGCGCUACCUGCUCAUCGCCGUCUACUUCCUCUGCCUGGCCUCGCCCGUGCUCUGGCUCUACGAGCUCAGCGCCGCCCGGCCGCCCGGCGCCGCCCGCCUGGCCCUGCACCUGCUGCUGCCCGCCGGGCUGCUGGACGCGCCGCUGCUCGCCCUGCGCUGCCUCCUGCUGCUGCGCUACCAGCAGCCGCUCUCCGUCUUCAUGCUCAAGAACCUCUUCUUCCUGGCCUGCCGCGGCCUCGAGGCCAUGGAGACCUGCUGCCUGCUCCGCCCCGCCGCCGGGGGCGCCAAGUACAGCGCGGCCCCUGGCCCGGGGCCCGGCGUCGCCCAGCUCAGCCACUGCAUCUCCGAGAACGACGUGGGGCCCCACGGCUACGUCAACACCCUGGCGGUCAGCGCCCAGAACUGAACCGGGGCGCGGGGCGGGGAGGCGGUAUAGCCCUCCGGCUCCUGCGCCGCCCCCGGCCAGGAGCCCGGCCCCCUCUGCCAUCCCCGGCCAGGAACCCUGCCCCCUCCUCACCUGCCCCUCCACUAGCCCCCACCCAG